AUGACCCAAUAUAUACUUGUUCAAAGGCGACCAGCUAACACAAAUUCUGUUGUAGUUGCAAUCGCUCCAAUUGGACAAGGUGAUAGACUAUUCGUUGCAUCACAUGAUGAGAACGUGUCUCAAUGGGAUACCUCGAAUGGUUUACUCGUCAACAAGUUUACUCACCCCGAUUCAGUCGGAUCAAUCAGUAUCACUCAAGACUCUAGGUAUAUGGUUUCAACUUCAAGAUACUCAGUGUAUUUAUGGGGUACGGCAGUCUCUGUGACACCUUUGUUUACUUUAACAGAGAACCAGGCCCCAGGACAUGCACCACCCCAAUAUACUUGUGUUAGCUGGUCACCAUCGAACAAACAAGAGAGAAUUGGUCACUUGAUUGUCGAGGGAAGUGCGUGUGGCAGAAUCAAAUGGACCAGAGACCAAAGUAUGGUUGUAACCCGCGGUGGUAUCGUCAGAUUGUAUGAAAACAAUACUUGGAGGUUCAUUCGUUCAUUUAGCAUUGGUCGCAGUGUCAACGAUACGACUACAUCAUCUACUACUCCUCCCAUGAUUGCUUUUGCAACAGGAACCACACCAGAUUAUUCUUAUUCAAGAAGAGACAAACAAGAUGAUUUACAAUUCAAUAUCCGACUAUUCAACCUUGACAACACACAACAAGUAGCAGAGAUAAAGGGUCAUGAUGAUCCCUCAUACUCUAUUUCUUUCUCUCCAGAUAAUAAAUCAAUUGCAAUUGGUGGCAAUGAUGGAUAUGUUAUCAUAAAUCAAAUUUAA